AUGGCAAAGAAAAGUAAGAAAGAUAAAGAUGCCAAAAAGGCCAGAGCAGAACAAAAAUUGAAAAAGAAUCAAGCCAAAGCAGAACAAAAGGACAAAAAGAAGCUAUCCAAAAACCAAAACGUUGAUGGUGAUGAUGAUGACUUGGACAUUGAAACCGUUCUAGCGAAUUUUAAAAUGGAACAAGAAAAGUUCGAAAAGAUUAAUGUAGAACUUUUACCACAAGGUCAACAUAAUCAUAUCUCACCACGUUCCAAUUCAUCAAUGAUUACAGCAGCUUCAGCUCAUAAUAAGAAGGGUAAAGAGUUAUUAAUGUUUGGUGGUGAAUAUACAUCACCAGAAACUGGGAUGACUCAUUUCUAUAAUGAUUUAUUAUCAUAUACUCCAGAUACUCAACAAUGGCGUAAGAUUACCUCUCAAAAUUCUCCUAUGCCAAGAUCAUCAGCGGCAAUGUGUUAUCAUCCAUCUGGUAUCGCUAUAUUACAUGGUGGUGAGUUUUCCUCCCCAAAGCAAAAUACAUUCUAUCAUUAUUCUGAUACAUGGAUACUUGAUACUUCGACGAAAGAAUGGACGAAAGUUGAUAUUAAGAAAUCUCCAGUCGCCAGGUCAGGUCAUAGGAUUGUUCAUUGGAAGAAUUAUUUUGUGUUGUUUGGUGGGUUUAAAGAUAUUGGUAAUAAUCAAACAAAUUAUUUCAAUGAUGUUUGGUGUUUUGAUAUUUUGAAUUAUAAAUGGACGCAAGUGGAAUUCCCUAAGAACCAUCCGUUACCUGAUCCUAGAUCUGGUCAUUCAUGGAUCCCAGUGGAAGAAGGGUGUAUCCUUUGGGGUGGGUACACUAAAGUGAAAUCUAAAUUGAAAAGUGGUCAACAGAAGGGGAAGAUAUUGAAUGAUUGUUGGUAUUUGAAAAUGAAAAGUGAUUUGAGUAGUAUUAGAUGGGAAAGAAGAAAAAAGUUGGGGUUCCAACCAUCUCCAAGAGUCGGGUGUUCCAUGGCAUAUCAUAAGGGUAGAGGUAUUUUAUUUGGUGGUGUUUAUGAUUUCGAUGAAACUGAAGAAAGUUUGGAAUCUUUAUUCUAUAACGAUUUGUUUAGUUACAACGUGGAAACUAACAGGUGGUUCGCUUUGAAUUUAAGAAAGAAUCAAAAGGGUAAUAAAUCUUUAAAACGUUCUAAUAAUAAAAACUCUAAAGAAAAGGAAAAAGAAUUACAAGAUUUAUUGAACCAGAUUUUAGAGAAAAAUAAUUUGAAAGAUGAAGAUGAUGAAGACGAUGAAGAGGUCAAUGAAAACGAGGACGGUAGUACAACUGCUAGUACUGCUGCAACGAGCGAUGAUGAAGAUACAGAAAGAACUACACAGGAGGCUGAAGGUGUGACCAUCAUGAAUCAAUUACCGCAUCCUAGAUAUAAUGUUGCCAUGACAGUUGUUGAUGACCUAUUAUUUAUUUAUGGUGGUAGUUGGGAAUUAGGCGAAAAGGAUUAUUUCAUCAACUCGUUCUACAGUAUUGACUUGAAUAGGAUUGACGGUGUUACAUGUUACUGGGAAGACUUGAAAGAAAUUGAAAAAGCGAAGGAGUUGGGUGAGCAAGAUUCUGAUGAAGAGGAUGAUGAAGAUGAUGAAGAGGACGAUGAUGAGGAUGACGAUGAAGAAGAAAUUAAGGACCAAAAGUUGGUUGCAGAUGAUGAAGAUGAGGAAGAAGAGGAAGAAGAUGUGCAAGAAAUGGAAAUUCCCGAUUUACGUCCAUGGUUACCACAUCCAAAACCUUUUGAAUCGUUACGUGCGUUUUACAUUCGUGAAGGUCCAGCUUUCCUAGAAUGGGCCAUUUCCAACAAUAAACAUGUUAGAGGGAAGCAUUUAAAGAAGAAGUCGUUUGAACUUUGUGAAGACCGUUGGUGGGAGAGACGUGAUCAAAUCCGUAUUGAAGAAGACAAAUUGGAAGAGCUUGGUGUUGUAGGAGAUGUUAUUGAAAAGGACACUUCUAAGGGAGCUUCGAAAAGAAGAUGA